AUGCACGUCGAGACUGUGUUUAGUCUGGUGGUGCCGGCUCUUGCCUUCUUCGGCGGAGCAACAUGUCUGCCUUCAAAGCAAUAUUCCGACUACGAAUCAGCGUUCAGAGACAACGAUCUCACCUCCAACCAUACAAGCCUCACAAUUCGCCAAAAUGCAAAGCUUGCUUUGAGAAUUUUGCCCUUGGGCGCAUCUAUUGUCAGCGGUGUUGGAUCGAGCACUGGUAAUGGAUUCCGAAAACCUUUGAGGGAUCAGCUGAGAUAUAAAGGCUGGGAUGUCAAUAUGGUUGGCAGCAAACAGAAUGGAGACAUGACGGACAGAGACUUCGAGGCCACUAGUGGUUUCGUUAUCGAUGAAGCUCGCAAUGCAGCACGCAACUCAUACGGUUACAAGCCCAAUGUUGUCUUGAUGAACGUGGGCACCAAUGACGCAAACCAAAAUAAGGUCGACGGAGCUGGUAGCCGAUUAGAGGGACUGCUCAACGACCUUUGGAGUGCCGAUGGCAUGUCAAAAACAUAUGUCGUUGUUUCAUCUGUCAUUCGACGAAAUGAUGCCAAGGCAGAGAGCAAUCGUAUAGAAAUCAACGAACAGUACAAGAAAUUGAUUACUCGCCUUAAGAGUACCGGAAAGCCAAUCACUUAUGUCGAUAUCGACAUUCCACUGAAUGAGCUGAAUUCAGAUGGAAUCCAUCCCACGUAUGUUCAGACUCCCACAGUCUCAAUGUCUGCCGCUAACGAGAACAGCGAUGCUGGACACAAGAAGAUGGCCGUCAAGUUCUGGUAUGCCAUCGAGUGGGGUUAUCAGUCGGGUCUCAUUGUGGAAGCUUCUCCAAUGUCCAAGGCAACAGGCAACACGUGUGACAAGCAACCUGGUCAGGCUCAAUACGGCGGUAUCACUCAAAAGGGCUCAGGUGACUCAGAUGGCAUCUAUUACCACAACAGCCAGGAGAUGGGCACUAUCUGGUCUUAUACUUCCGAGUUCGAUCGUGAUCAGUGGUUCUUUACCAGGCUCUAUGGUUCCCAAUACGAUGACAUAGUGGGCUGGUGGUAUGCCAACGAGAAGCUGUCCUUCGCCACGUGGAAGAACAAUGGAGGUGGCAAGUUCUCGAAGGUCGCUGAUCUUGAUACCAAACUCUUCUGCAAUGUUCAAGGCAUAUGGUGGGUUGACAUCAACAAUGAUGGAUACGAUGAUUUCCUUUGCGUUUCGCCUAACGGAGAUACAUUGGCUUCCAUCAACAAUCGAGACGGAACUGCCACAAGCCCACCUACAUUCAAGAAUAUUGGCAUGAUCAAGGGCAACGUUGGCUACAAGCAGGACCGUAUCAGAUGGGGCGACAUCGACGGAGAUGGCAGAGCCGACUACAUGAUUGUCGACGAUAGUGGAAAUGUUCAUGCUUGGAGAAAUUCGGGUACCUCUGACACUCCUUCCUGGCAACCUCUUGGCUUGCGAUUCACCGCCAAGGGCAUGGGCGAUCAGCGUGGCGUCCGCUUCGAUGAUAUCAAUGGCGACGGGCGCGACGACUGGUUGUGGGUGGACGACAAAGGUGCCACAACAACUUGGACCAACUCUCGAAGCUGCAAGAAGGGAGGGGCAGGUGAUGGACUCAACGUUGCUUGGCGUCAAGGAUUCUGGAAGGGCGCCUCCUCCGGACCAACACACGCUGGUGUUGGUGCCAAUGGUCGAAACAGAAUCCACUUCGCGAGGAUCUAUGGCGAGGCUGCCUUUGGACUUCUACCAAAGGCAGACUAUGUGUAUCUGCAAUCAACGAAGCAAUCCGACGGAAAGUUCAAGUUCGACAUGAAGGUCUGGAAGAACACUGGCGGUGGCUCCACCAAGCUCAAGGCUGAUGGUAACAAGUACUGCAAUAUGCUUGGUCAUGAGGAUGGACGACAGGAUUACGUCUGGACUCUAUCGACCGGCAAGAUGACUGUCUGGCCCAACUUGGGAAAGAAGUCGGUCAGCGGAGACAAUGAUGUAUUCUGGGGCUCGCCCAAGGACCUCUGGAGCCCUGGAAAAAACUACGAUCGCAGGGAUCUUCAUCUAGUCGACUGGGACAAUGACGGCGCUUGCGAUAUCGCAUGGGUUGAUCCCGACAACAACAACAAGGUUUCUGUCUGGCUCAAUAACUAUAAGAAGACUGGAGCCUUCGACUGGACAUACCUUGCCGACCCAGCGCCACAAUUGAACUGUCCAGAGAAGAGAGGUGUCGGUAUCCACGAUCUCGCUGUCAGAUUCGCCGACGUUUCGAACAGCAAGAUGUCAGACUACAUCUGCAUCGAACCUGACGGAAGGUUCUACGGAUGGACGCACAACAAUGAUGGCUCUUGGGAGAAGAUCGCACAGUUCAAGAAAGCCGAAGGCAUCGAUCGCGCCAAUCUUCGAUUCGGCAACGUCAACGGACGGGGCGGUGAAGACAUGAUCUGGGUCGACAAGUACACGGGUGACGCUACUGUCUAUAUCAACAACGGUAAGAUGGACACUGGGGGUAGCAACUGGUGGUUCUUGAAGAGUGGGAAGCAGUACUCAGGCUCCUGGGCAGGUACCUGUCAAUACUUCCCCGACCUCGACGGAGAUGGCAGAGCAGACUUGCACUCCAUUAUGACUACCUUUGAUAACCGUGGAGAGACCUUCUUCAACCGUUGCGGUAUGACGGAUACUACAGGUGAUGACGCGGGUUGGGCCCCAGGUCAAGACCCAGGAUUCGGGGCCCUGCCAUCUCCUGGUAGCGAUGAAAAGCCAGGAAGCGGAGGCGGUGUUCCAGCUCUUCCUUCUACUUGCAAGGAAACUUGCUGGAAUGUUGCCGAAAACAAGGAGACUGAAUGCAAUUACGACGGUACCGAAUGGGACAUGGAGCCCAGAGAUGACGGUGUUCCAGAGGAUGUCUUGAACAUUCGCAAAUUCGCCGCCAUUGGAGACUCUUACUCGGCUGGAAUUGGUGCUGGUGACAGGCUUGGAAGCGUAUACGACGCUUUCACAGACGGUACUGGUAAGUUUGCAACCUUGUCACUAUGCGAUAUACGCUAA